GCAGCAGCUGACAGGCUUGUGUUCCUCCUGCAGUACAUGGUGCCGUUUCUGCUCAAUCAAGGUGGAUCUCUCCUCUUCUACCUCACUCUGGCGUCCGCAGAUCUGUCCCUGGCAGUACCACUGUGCAACUCCCUGGCUUUGAUAGUUACACUGGUGACUGGGAGGCUUCUGGGAGAGGAUGUCGGUGGCAAAAGGGCUGUGACAGGAAUGCUGCUCACCAUCCUCGGAGUCACGCUGUGUGUAGCCGGUUCGUGA